AUGCGGAUCGUCAGCAAAGAUGUAUCUGCGUUUUUCGAGGAUUCUUUCGACGUUAAAGAUUGGAUCAAUAAAACGUUUAAAUCUGCGGAAGCACAGGAAAAUAAAGAUGCAUUUGUUUCAUCCUUGGUAAUGAAGUUGCAAUUAUAUGUGCAACAAGUCAAUGGUGCUCUAGAGGAAACCAGUCAAUCUGUUCUCUCUAGCUUGCCAAGAGUUUUAAGGGAUACACAGCUCUUACAACAAGAAGCUUUAGAUCUGAGAGAAAAGAUGGUUGGUGUGAAGCAAGAAAUAGAAAAGGUUGAGAAGGACACUGCAUCUUCGAUGACUACAUUAGAAAGAAUAGAUAGGAUAAAGACAGAUUUGCAGAAUGCUAAGCAGGGUUUACAUGAAGCUGAUAAUUGGAGUGUACUAGCAACUGAUGUUGAGGAGGUAUUUGAGUCAGGUGAUGUAGAGGCAAUUGCAAACAAAUUGUUUAGUAUGCAGAAAUCUUUGGCAAUGCUUGUAAAUGUUGUUGAUUAUGAAGAUAAAAAGUUACAAUUAGAAGGUUUAAAAAAUCGAUUAGAGGCAAUAGCUAGUCCAAGACUAGUUCAAGCGUUUACUGCUGCAAAUUUGGAGCAAUCCAAAGUUUAUGUGGAUAUUUUCAAUAAAAUGGAACGUUUACCGCAACUUCUGAAGUACUACCACAAUUGUCUAAAAGUAUCCUUAGGGCAAGAAUGGCGCAGAACUAUUGAGUUAGCACAAGAUGAGAAUGUUACAUACUGGUUACACACUUAUUAUGACAAACUGUUAUCUAGUUGGCACGAUCAGGUGAAGUGGUGUAAUCAAGUAUUUCCAAAUACUUCAAUUGUUAUUCUAAUUGAAGUGUAUACUGAUCUUUUGAGAAGCCUGGAUCCAAGCAUUCCAGAAUGUAUAGAAGCAAUAUUAAAGCAACAUUCAAAUGUUAUGCAAUUGACUUUAUUGCUUGAACUAAAACAAAUUACGAGGCACUUUGCAGUAAAUCUACAUGGUGCGAUUGAAGCCUCAUUGCAUGGGAAAAUACAAAAUUCAAAAUUGCUGUCAUUAGCGCAGGCAAUAUACGCACCUUAUGUUCCAUAUGUUGUAAGAUAUAAUGUUUAUGAGACUGCACAACUUGAACAUCAGAUUCGAUCUAUGGAUUUUGCACAAGACGAUUUGAGCGAGACAAUCAAUGCUCUUUCUCUCAGUAUUUCAAGAAUAAUGGAAUAUGCAAACGAGGCGAACAAAAGGUGCAAACUCUUUACAGAUGGCUGCGGGUACCCUGGUUUAUUAAAGUCUUUAAAUAGUUAUUUUAAUAAAUAUCUUGAUAAAUAUCAAGCAGCUGUGUGGAAAAUAGAGCAUAAAAAAGUAAAACACGAGGAUUGGAAUUUAUUCCAGAUGUGUCUCACUUUAAUGCAGAGUAUAGGUGAUCUUUUGGGGCAAGUUCAACAGUUCGAAAAGUCUUUAGUAAUUGACAUAACUGAAAUUAAUAACAAACUACAAAGUACAGCAGUAAGUGCUUUUUAUCAGUAUAAAAAGUUUCUUCUGAAUGCAUCGAGUGAAACUGAGUUAGAGAAUCUAGUUGCAUCUUUCCAGAAAGAAGAAACAACUAUUCUUGAUUUAAUUGUAAAAUCUAUUCACAAACUUUGCUCAGAUUUACAUCGCGCCACGUACGAAGUUAUUUUUGCUCCAAUCUUUACUCAAUUGUUAUUAGUGCAGAAAGCACCCGUGUGGUCGGCUGAAGUAAAUACAUUGAGCCAGUUAAGUGCAGAUCUACCUGAUUAUAGUUUCUCACCACAAGAAUAUAUAACACAAGUCGGACAAUAUUUGAUGACAUUGCCGCAGCACUUAGAACCAUUUUUGCUCAGAGAAAAUCCAAGCCUUACGCAAGCAUUAAAAGCAGCAGAUCCACAAUAUGCACAGGGUUCAAGCGAAUCUGGCUUCACUGGUAUUUUAUUAGAUAUUAUUGCGAAAAGAACAUGUCAGAUGUUUCUAGAUCAGACUUUAGGAAUUUGUCAAUUAAGUUCUGCCGCGUGCAAGCAACUUGCUACCGACAUAGAUUAUCUUGGUAAUGUAUUGGAGGAACUUGGACUGGCUUUGUCAGAAAAUCUACAACACAUGUCUCUAUUACUGAGAUUAUCGCCGGAAGAUUAUCAAAAUCGCAGUUCCGGGUGUAAUGCCAGAGUUGUAGCUGCAGUUAGACAAAUGAGAAACAUUACAUCUUCUGGUUGAACAGUAUAUGCAGGAAUCCAGAACACGGGUGAAAACUGUAUGAAUGUACAAGAAACAUUUGUUGUGUGAUUGCACAACGCAUAUUUGUACUGGAAACGGAC